CCAGGCAGGAGUGCUCGCUUCCAAUGGCACAGGCACCUCGGAUUGCUUGCAUGCUUUGUAUCGGGCUUUCUGUGGUCUCCUAUGUCUCUGCUGGUGGCAGUGAAGUGAAUUUAUUAGACACAACGACGAUUCCUGGGGACUGGGGCUGGCUGACCUACCCCGCUCAUGGGUGGGACUCCAUCAAUGAAAUGGAUGAGUUUUACAGCCCUAUCCAUACCUACCAAGUCUGCAACGUCAUGUCUCCAAACCAGAACAACUGGCUGCGGACAAAUUGGGUGCAAAGAGAUGGUGCCCGUCGAGUAUAUGCAGAGAUUAAGUUCACACUGAGAGAUUGCAACAGUAUGCCAGGGGUUCUUGGAACUUGCAAAGAGACUUUCAACCUGUACUACAUGGAGAGUGAUCGGGACCUUGGCACCAGCACGCGAGAGAGUCAGUUUAUGAAGAUUGACACAAUAGCCGCAGAUGAAAGUUUCACCAGUGUUGAUCUUGGAGUACGGCGGCUCAAGCUUAACACAGAAGUCCGUGGCGUGGGACCCCUCAGCAGACGUGGAUUUUAUUUGGCCUUUCAAGACAUUGGGGCUUGUAUCGCCAUUGUAUCAGUGCGAGUGUAUUAUAAGAAGUGUCCUUCAAUGGUGCGUAACUUGGCUGCUUUCUCAGAAGCAGUUACCGGAGCUGACUCAUCUUCCUUAGUGGAGGUACAAGGAGAGUGUGUGGGGCACUCAGAGGAGAGGGACACCCCAAAAAUGUACUGCAGUGCGGAGGGAGAAUGGCUGGUUCCUAUCGGGAAGUGUGUGUGCAGCGCUGGCUUCGAGGAACGUAGUGACUCUUGUGUCGCCUGUGAUCUUGGAUACUAUAAGUCUUCACCAGGAGACCAGCUGUGCUCAAAGUGCCCACCAUUUAGUCAUUCAGAAACCUUGGCUUCCCAGAUCUGUGAAUGUGACACCAACUACUAUCGCUCUGCUACCGAUCCAGCUUCCUCGGCUUGCACACGUCCACCUUCUGCUCCAGUCAAUCUCAUCUCCAGUGUUAAUGGCACCACCAUAACCUUAGAGUGGAACCCACCAAGGGACACAGGUGGGCGCAGAGAUGUCACAUACAAUGUCAUUUGCCGGCGCUGCGCUUGGGAUGCGGGUCAAUGUGAGCCCUGUGGGGGAGGUGUUCGUUACACCCCCCAGCAGAUGAGCCUUGCAAAGACCUCCCUUACAGUGGCAACUCUCCAAGCCCACAUGAACUAUACCUUCUGGGUGGAGGCCGUCAACGGGGUGUCCGACUUUAGCUUGGAGCAACGGAUGUUCUCCACUGUGAAUAUAACCACGAACCAGGCAGCCCCUUCUCAGGUUCUGGUGAUUCGUAAAGAGAAGACGGCACAGAACAGCGUUACACUAAUAUGGCAAGAACCUGACCAGCCCAACGGCAUCAUCUUGGAAUACGAGAUCAAAUACUUUGAAAAGGACAAGGAGAUGCAGAGCUAUUCCACAUUGAAGUCUAAGGACACCCGAGCUAUAGUGACUGGACUGAAGCCUUCCACCCGCUAUGUCUUCCAGGUCCGGGCCCGCACCUCUGCUGGCGGUGGGAGGUUUAGCCAAACGCUAGAGGUGGAGACUAGUAAAGAAAUGGCCCUAAGAUAUGACACCAUGACGAUAGUUUGGAUCUGCCUGACAUUAAUUACCGGGUUGGUGAUUCUCCUGGCUGUGCUGAUCUGCAAAAAAAGACACUGUGGAUACAGCAAGGCUUUCCAGGACUCUGACGAGGAGAAAAUGCAUUAUCAGAACGGACAAAUCACCUUGGCAGAGUCUAAGCUCUACGUUGACCCUCACACCUAUGAAGAUCCCUGCCAGGCCGUCCAUGAAUUUGCUCGGGAGAUCGAGGCUUCCAGAAUCAAGAUUGAAAAGAUAAUUGGAUCUGGAGAGUUUGGAGAGGUUUGCUAUGGGCGGUUGAAACUGCCAGCGAAACGUGAGAUCCCAGUCGCCAUCAAGACCUUAAAAGUUGGAUAUAACGAGAAGCAGAGACGAGACUUUCUCUCUGAAGCCAGCAUCAUGGCCCAGUUUGACCACCCGAAUGUCAUUCACUUGGAGGGCGUGGUGACCAGGAGCAAAUUGACGAUGAUUGUAACAGAAUAUAUGGAGAAUGGUUCUCUGGACACGUUCCUUAGGAGCCGAGAUGGCCACUUCACUAUAAUCCAGCUGGUUGGCAUAUUAAGGGGCAUUGCUUCCGGAAUGAAAUACCUUUCUGACUUGGGCUACGUUCACCGGGACUUAGCAGCUCGUAAUAUUUUGGUCAACAGCAACCUGGUGUGUAAAGUGUCAGACUUCGGAUUGUCCAGGAUAUUGGAGGAUGACCCCGAUGCCGCAUACACAACUACGGGAGGAAAAAUCCCCAUCCGCUGGACGGCACCAGAAGCCAUCACCUACCGUAAAUUCUCCUCUGCCAGUGAUGUGUGGAGUUACGGCAUUGUAAUGUGGGAGGUCUUGGCUUAUGGAGAGAGGCCCUACUGGAACAUGACCAAUCGAGAUGUGAUAAAUUCGGUUGAAGAAGGGUAUCGCUUACCUGCUCCUAUGGGCUGCCCAACAGCAUUACACCAACUCAUGCUGGACUGCUGGCAGAGGGACCGCAACGAGAGACCACGGUUUUCCCUAAUUGUCAGCAUUCUGGACAAACUUAUCCGUAACCCAGAACACCUGAAGCUGAGCGCUACUGUCGGCAGAAUUGCCCAACCACGACUGGACAGGGGAAUGUUUGAUUUUGCCAGCUGUGCCACAGUGGAUGACUGGCUGGAUUCCAUCAAGUUGGGGCAAUACAAGAACAACUUUUUGAUGGGUGGAUACCGGUCGCUAGGGAUGGUCAUGAGGAUGAAUAUAGAUGACAUCAGGAAACUGGGAAUCUCGUUAAUAGGACAUCAAAAGAAGAUCUUAACAAGCAUUCAAAUCAUGAGGGCUCAUCUCAUCAACACAUUAGGACCUAGAAUGCACUUGUGA